AUGCCUCCAAAGGACUCGGUCAAGAAUGGGCAUCGUUUUAAGGAAUUCGACCUCAAUGACCGCGUCUACGCCAUCACCGGCGGCGGAAGAGGACUCGGUCUCGCCAUGGCCGAAGCCCUAAUGGAAGCCGGAGCCAAAGGAGCACGCAGAGACCAACUACGGCGGCAGCUGGAGUACUACCGAAUCGACGUCCGCGACGACGCAGAAGUAAACAACGUGUUCGCUGAGAUUGCCGGCCAACACAAGCGUCUGGACGGUCUGAUCGCCGCAGCCGGAAUCAACCAUCUCCAGAGCGCCCUCGAGCACUCCCAAACCGCCAUGAACGAAGUUAUGCAGAUUAACUACAACGGAGUGUUUAACUCCGCCACCGCCGCCGCCCGCCAGAUGUUCAACUACCAGCAGAAGGGCUCCAUCCUGCUCAUCGCGAGCAUGAGUGGCCUCAUCGCCAACAAGGGCAUGACUUCCCCUGUCUACAACUCUUCCAAAGCGGCUGUCAUUCAGCUGGCCCGUUCUCUGGCAAUGGAAUGGGGCCGUCACGGUAUCCGUGUGAACAGUCUGUGCCCCGGUCACAUCAUCACCCCCAUGGUCGAGCAGGUGUUCCAGCAGAACCCGGCUUCUCGGGCUGUCUGGGAGGCAGAGAACAUGCUUGGGCGAUUGGCGUACCCUGAGGAAUUCAGAGGCGCUGCGCUCUUCGCUCUCAGUGAUGCUAGCAGCUUUAUGACGGGGAGCACGAUGCUCAUUGAUGGUGGCCACACCGCGUGGUAA